CUUGCUGUGGGAUUGGAGAAGUAUAAAAUGAUGUGUGUUUUCCUAGACACACAACUUGCAAUUUUGAUAAGUUUGAUAUGCUCAACAUGGAAAAAUCUCCUUCCUUUGUUUUCCUGAUCUUCUCACUCCAUUGCUUCAUAUCCUCCUUAGCCUUGAUUGAUGCAAACAUCACUACUGAUAAAUCUGCACUUCUUAGCCUUAAAUCUUUAGUCACUUCAGAUCCAUAUGAUUCCUUAUCUACUUGGUCUCUCUCUUCUUCUCCAUGCAAUUGGGUUGGUGUCAUCUGCAAUACUCGCCAUGGAAGGGUUCGUUCCUUGAAUCUUGGUGGCAUGGAUCUUAAAGAUUGAAACUGUUGAACUUGAGCUACAAUGACUUUCAUGGAGAAGUUCCAACAUCGAUAGGAGAUUUAUCCAUAUUGGAGUACUUAAAUAUUGGAAAUAAUAGUUUUGAUGGAUUUAUUCCACUAUCUCUAUUCAAUCUAUCAAGGUUAGAGGUAUUCGAUUGGAGUUGUAAUUUAAUUGAAGGAAUGAUUCCUGUUGAGGUAGGAGGAAUCAAGCGUUUGAAGAUUUUACGACUUGCAGUUAACAAGCUUUCAGGAAUCAUUCCCCAGACAAUUUCAAACUUAUCGUCACUUGAAUUGCUAAGUCUGUCUUAUAACACUUUGUCAGGGGACAUUCCCAAUGAGAUUGGUGAUCUUUCACAACUAAAGACAUUGUAUCUUGGAGCGAAUCAGCUUGUUGGUUCUAUACCAUCUUCAUUAUUUAACAGUUCAAUAUUGCAACACAUUGAACUUGGAGGAAAUCAAUUAUCAGGUGAAAUUCCUUCAUUUCUUUGGAGCAUGCCUUCUUUGAGGGAGGUUAACCUUGGAGGGAAUCAUUUAAAUGGCAAUUUGCCAGAAGAAAUGUGUCAUCAACUCCCUUUGCUGGAAAUCUUGGCUGUUGAAGAUAAUUAUUUAAAGGGAAGCAUUCCAAAAUCAAUAAGUAACUGCACAUCUUUGAAAGAAUUAUAUUUGGAGUCCAACUCAUUUACAGGUGAAAUUCCUUCACUUUUAUGGAACAUGCCUUCUUUGAGAGUGGUUAACCUUGGAAAGAAUAAUUUAAGUGGCAGUUUGCCUGAAGAAAUGUGUCAUCAACUCCCUGUGCUGGAAAUGUUGGCUAUUUAUGAUAAUUAUUUAGAGGGAAGCAUUCCAAAAUCAAUAAGUAACUGCACUUCUUUGAAAGCAUUAUAUUUGGACAACAACUCAUUUACAGGUUUUAUACCCAAGGAAAUAGGAAAUCUUGUUAAACUUGAAGUCUUGAAUUUGGGAUCAAAUCACUUGAGUGGACCCAUUACUUUUAAUGGGAUGUCGUUGGCAUAUAUACUCCUUGAAGACAACUUCUUUACAGGAACCAUGCAAUUCGACCACUUCUUUGGGGAAAACAUGAGUUUCAUUGACUUGAGUUCCAAUUUGCUUCAAGGAGAGCUCACUUCUACAAUUUGCAAUUCUAGCUCACUUGGAGUUCUCAACUUAUCCCACAACAACUUCAGUGGCCAAAUUCCACGCUGCAUUGGGAGCUCUACCCUUACUCUUUAUGUGUUGGAUUUGCAAAGCAAUAGCUUUUAUGGCACCAUACCAGAAACAUUUGAGGUGGGAAACAAGUUGAGGACCUUAAAUCUUAAUGACAAUCUUCUAUAUGGCUUGUUGCCUCAAUCUUUGGUCCAUUGCAAUAAUUUAGAGGUUUUAGAUCUUGGCAGAAAUGGCAUUCAUGAUACAUUUCCCCAUUGGGUUCAAGACCUCAAAGAAUUGCAAGUGCUUGUUCUUAGAGAGAAUAAGUUACAUGGUUUCAUCCCUAAUUUAAACAGAAAAUCCAACUAUGCCUUCACAAAGUUGAGAGUUUUUGACAUAUCCAACAACAAGUUGAGUGGCCCUUUACUUGAAACAUACUUCGAAUCCUUUGAUGCUAUGAAAAAUCAAGAGGUAGAACUUGGUUUAGAAUAUAUGGGUUAUAAUCAAUCUACUUACUCAGGAAUAUAUCAUGACUCCAUCGAGGUGACCUUGAAAGGACAUGAUAUUCAUAUGGAAAAGGUCUUGACUAUUUUUAUAUGCAUUGAUAUAUCUAAUAACAUGUUUGAGGGAGAGAUUCCAAUAUCUAUUGGGCAGCUUAGAGCAUUGAAGGGGCUUAAUUUUUCUCAUAAUAGGCUCAUUGGUGUAAUUCCAAACUCAAUAGGAAAUUUGAGAAAUUUAGAAUGGCUGGACUUGUCAUCAAACAAGCUUAUUGGAAAAAUUCCUAUAGAGUUGAUUAAUCUCAACUUCUUAUCUAUCUUAAACCUUUCACGGAACCAACUUGAAGGUUGCAUUCCUAGGGGUCAACAAUUUGAAACUUUCACAAGUGAUUCCUUUGAAGGAAACAAGCAAUUGCAUGGUUUUCAACUAAUGAUCCCUUGCAACCCCAAUAGGGAAAGGCAAUCACCACAACAAAGUUCAAGUUUUGAAGAUAUAUUUGAAUUUGGAUGGAAACCUAUCUUGCUAGGGUAUGUAUGUGGAGCCUUUUUGGGAUCAACAAUGUUUUGGGUUGUGAUAUUUACAGGUAAACCUCAAAGGCUUGCAAGUUUGGUGGAUGGUCCACUAAAGAAAAGGAGGAGGAGGGUUAGAAAUCGUCAUUCAUAGAAGCUAAUUUUUGAUAUAGGUUUCAAAUUUUCUCUUCUAUCUUAAAUUUUCUUUUUUAUCUUUUCCCUUCUUGUUAAAUGUUCAAGUUCUUGUGUUUUGUGUCCAAUAUUUGUAUCAAAGUUGUGAGGAGAUCAAAGUCUAUUUCUCUUAGCUA